UUCCUCCUCCACGAGAUUCUUCCUCCUACUUAUUUAUGUCCAUUUCCCAUCGCCAUCCAAAGGCACGCAAAACCUCCACAGCCCCCAUGGCCCCAUACCCCGGCUCCUUCUUAUCACCGCACUAAGGAGAUCAAAGAAAGAGGCUCGUCAAAGAGAGAAAAGGGUUGAGAGGGAGAGCCAAAGAGCUCUCACGAAAAAAAUGGGCAUUGUCACCAGCAAGUGCUGCACCCAAUACCGUGAAACGUGCAGAGAACUCAAAGCUAAAAUCCAGAUCCUAGAGGAAGAGAUCAAGGAGAUGAAACGUGCGAGGGAGCAGGAAGCUUGCGUCUAUGAGCAACAGGCUGCGGCCUUGGCAAGGAAGGAGGAUGAGUGGAAGCGAGAGAGGAAGAAGCACAAGGAGGAGGUGGCGAAGCUGAGGAAGAGGCUCGAGGAGGAGGAGGAUAGGAUGAGAGGUUUGCAGGAGGAGGUCGCAGCGAGCAGAGGUGACAAGGAGUGGAAUCGAGCAGGCACUGAUUACAUCGUGGAGCACAUGAAAGAGGAGCGAGCGCGGAGGGAGGAGGCGGUGGAGAAGUGGAAGCAGCUCUACCUUGCCAUCAAGACCGAGCUCGACGACCUCAUCCAGAGGACUCGACAAGGGGAACGAUUCUGGUGGGGAGUUGAAGAAGGCAUGAUUGAAGGGCUGCACCAGGAGUUGAAGACCAAGGAGGAGACCUUGCAAACACUGAGAUCGCGCAUAGCAGCAAUGGAAAAGGAGGGCAUUAAGAGAGACAGGGAGAUUGACAUUUUGAGGCAGAGCAUGAGAAUUCUUAGCAACACAAAAAGGAAUCGCAUCCGAAAGAAUCAGCCCGGAAGCUUGCGCUUAUGAAGCGGCAAAUAGAUGCAGCCAGAAACUUGGAUGGGUUCCUUAAACCCACAGUGAUCUUAUGAAGUACUACUGCCCCGUGACUGAAGCUGUACGAUUGGUGUCCAUGCUGAAAGAUUGCAAGCUGUGUUGGGCUGCAGUCGAGCACAAAUCUAUAUUAGAAACAUAAGAAAUUCAACAUCUUUCACGUAUUAGUUAGCAGCCAGAAAUAUCAGAAUAAAGAUGGCAUUGGUUCCAGUCAAGGUUAUUACCGAGCCAGAUGAGGUUGUAAACGUCUUCCUUAAUGUACAAAAUAUAAUUACUUCCAAGUUGUUCCAGCUACAGUGAUUCUCUCGGUUUU